UAACCACCAAUAAGAAAUCAAGAACCCUCUCUCGAUCAGAGUUUAAAGACCCACCUCUCUUAAUUAUUUUCUUCGUCUCAACAAGUUAUAUAUAUAUGACGAAUAAAAUAGUGGCUGCCACGGCAGUUGCGGCUGCGGUGGUGGUGAGAGAAUACGAUGAGGAAAGGGACAAGCAUGACGUGGAAGAUAUGGAACGAAAAUGUGACGAAACCGGGAAUCAUGGCAAACCGGUAAUGGUCUCUGAUCUACUGGGCGAUCCGGUUCGUCGCGUUCGUCAUUUUCCGUCUCACACUAUGUUGGUUGCAGAGUACGGAGAAGGAAGAAAGAUAGUGGGAGUUGUAAGAGGAUGUGUUAAAACUGUGACUAGAGGCAACUCUAUUUUUGUCAAACUCGCUUAUGUUCUUGGUCUUCGUGUUUCACCUUCCCAUCGGAACUUAGGCAUAGGAACGAAAUUGGUGCACGCACUUGAAGAAUGGUUCAAGCAACAAGGCGCAACCUACGCGUACAUGGCCACUGAUUGUACCAACGAGCCUUCCAUUAACUUGUUCACCAAGAAAUGUUCAUAUGUCAAAUUCCGUACACCGACAAUGCUGGUUCAACCGGUUCACGCCCACACCAAACCGAUCAGUUCAGAUGUCGCAAUUCUCCGACUAACUCCCCAAACCGCCGAAUCAAUCUACACCCGGAUUUUCAAAGACUCAGAAUUCUUCCCUAGUGACAUUGAUGCAAUUUUAACCAGCCGCAACAGCUUAGGAACGUUUAUAGCCGUGCCAAAUGAAAAACACGGUCCCAAAUCAAAUUGCUUAGACCGCGAUUUCCCUGUUAAUUUCGCGAUACUAAGCGUUUGGAGCACCAAAGAUGUAUUCAGGCUGCAAAUGAAAGGCGUUUCCCGGUUAACACACGCGUUUUGCUCCGGUUCGAGAUUUUUGGAUUCUUGUAUGCCAUGGAUGAAAUUACCUUCGUUCCCUAACGUGUUCGACAAGUUUUGGGUUUAUUUCAUGUAUGGCAUGCACAUGGAAGGCAAAGACGGUCCACGGCUCAUGAAAAGUUUAUGCUCCUUUGUGCACAACAUUGGGAGAUACGACAGAGGAUGUGGAGCGCUAGCGGCAGAGCUUAGCCCAUCAGACGCAGUGGCUUUGGUCGUUCCUCAUUGGAAACGGCUUUCGUGGGCUCAAGAUCUCUGGUGCCUCAAGAAACUCUCCGAUGAACCUGAACCGUCUGACUGGACUAGGUCGAGAUAUACUUCCGUGAUUUUUGCUGAUCCUCGUGAUAUCUAAUGAAUGCUUGAAAAAGGGUUUAACUUUAUUGUACAUAAAGAUGAUUAAACAAC